GAUCCUUCCUCCCGAAAAGUCCCCAAGCCACCGACUUUCUCCCCUGGAAAAACCCGGCGAAGGCUUCUUGAAAUUUCCCUCCUUUCUUGCUCAAAAACCAAGUUGCAGGCCUAGAACACUCUCCUAAACCCAGAAAUUUUCCAGAUCUGCGCUGUCCUCUUCCCCUCUGUCCGCCGGCCUCUGCUGGGUGGGGUUGGGUUCGGUUUUCUGUCCGUAAGUUCCCCUGCAGCUUGCCACCGGCUUCUUCUUCUCCCUGCAGCUCCGGUUUUAGCUGGAAAAUUCUGGUUCCCGAUCGUUCUGUCAGUUAGCACCAUGAAUUGAGCCUUUGGUUUUAUGCGAGUGAGUGGUGGUGGGACUAAACCUGUUUUAUGCAAAAUGGGAGGUUUAAACGCUAGCACAUGUCGACAUGUUCCUGAUAGAACCGGUUCAUUUCUAUAAUCCUGCUAGUGGGAGUUAAACACUAGUAAUUCUUGUUGCCUGCUAGUGGGAGGUUUAAACACUGGCCAUGACCUAUAGAGGAGACGGCUAUUUCGCUCUCGUACUUGUAUUCGUUUUCUGAUUACACUUGUUGGCAUGCUAUAAGUUUAAUUGACUACUACUGAACUUUAUUAUGCAUAAUGGUUAUCAUUGAGCAUUCCGUUUAUGUUUAAACUGUUUAUCUGAAAUGCUCAAAUUUUACCCACGGGCUAUCCAUACAUUUGCUUAUUGAGAUAUUUUAUCUCAUGAGUUUUCCCUUGUCCACCAUUUCAGGUAGUAUGACCCGAGACACGGAAACCACGGGAAGUGACGAGUUAGAAGGCUAGCCAUUUCGAGAUUGAUAUAAUUUUAGAAAUAAAUCAUGUUUUUUGUA